GUAAUGGAGAGAAUUGUGGAAAAGAAACUCCGGGAACAAGAGACACCUCAACUCCUGAGAAUAAUACACCUAAUAUUUCACAUAAGCAAGAUUUAAUACAAGAAAUAUCAACAUCUAUCAAGGAACAAGCACAAA